AUGCACGCCCACAGCCUGCCGUUGUUCCUCCUGCACGCCUGGUGGGCUCUCCACCAGGCGGGCGCCACGAUGGUAGCCCCGGUGCCCCCUCGAACGUGGGGGCAGCCCUCGUCGCCAUCCCCUCUUGCUUAUAUGCUGAGCCUGUACCGCGAACCGCUGCUCCGGGCGGACAUCAUACGUAGCCUGCAGGCGCAAGAUGUGGAGAUGGAUGGGCAGAACUGGACCUUUGCUUUUGACUUCUCCUUCCUGGGCCAAGAAGAGGAUCUGGCAUGGGCCGAGCUCCGGCUGCAGCUGUCCAGCCCUGUGGCCCUUCCUCCUGACGUCCCACUCUCAAUUGAGAUUUUCCACCAGCCAAAGCUGAAUGAGGAUAAGGACACACCCAACUGCCUAGAACGUCUUCGAAUGGACCUGUUCACUGUCACUCUGUCCCAGGUUACCUUUUCCUCGGGCAGCAUGGUCCUAGAGGUGACCAGGCCACUCUCCAAGUGGCUGAAGCACCCUGGGGAGCUGAGGGAGCAGAUGUCCAGUUUGGCUGGAGAGUGUUGGCGGCAGCCUCCCACACCACCUGUCACCAGUGUGCUCCUCAUGCUCUAUUCCAACCUCUCCCCGGAGCGGAGGCGGCUGGGGGGCUCCACUCUAUUGUGGGAAGCUGAGAGCUCCUGGCGGGUCCAGGAGGGACAGCUCUCCCGGGAGAGGGGCAGGAGGCACCGUCGAUAUCACUUGCAGGACAGAAACCAACUGUGUCGGAAGGUCAAGUUCCAGGUGGACUUCAACCUGAUCGGAUGGGGCUCCUGGAUCAUCUACCCCAAGCAGUACAAUGCCUAUCGCUGUGAGGGCGAGUGUCCUAACCCCGUGGGGGAAGAGUUCCAUCCAACCAACCACGCAUACAUCCAGAGUCUGCUGAAACGGUACCAACCCCACCGAGUCCCUUCCACCUGCUGUGCCCCAGUGAAGACCAAGCCCUUGAGUAUGCUGUACGUGGACAAUGGCCGAGUCCUUCUAGACCAUCAUAAAGAUAUGAUUGUAGAAGAAUGUGGGUGUCUUUGAGGAGCUCCUGCAGGUGUGUUGGAUUUGCCUGUACCCUGGAAGGUUGGGAAGCUCCUAGAAGACAUGAUAACCAUCUAAUACAAUGAGGAGAAACAAAGAGGGGGGAAAAGUUCCUCUGUCCACCAGACCUAAGGAGGAAGGGCUGCCACCCUGUCCUUGAAGGCUCUGUGGGGUCUGGUUGAGCACAGAGGAGAGGGAGGAGGAAGCCUGUGAAGCAGGCUUGCUGAGUUUUCUCUUUGCUGAACAGACAGUAGCACGUGAAAGCACUAGUGCAAGAGUCCUUUAGCUGACUUUUUUCAACCCAUGAUCCCCUGGAAAUUGUAUGCAAGAGCUGGAGCAUAUGUGCAUUUAUUUUUGAGGUGGGACAAGUUUGUAUUUAACUUUCGUGUAUUCUCAAAAGUGGCCUUUGACAUACACCCACCCACACCCUUGCCGCCUGAAGAUUAAGUAUCGCUAUGUAAAAUUAAAAACAGUCCACUGGCUUUGGUUGCCUCAGGCUGGGUCAGGGAGCCCCCGCAGAGUGGCUCUCUGCUAAUGAGUUGUACAUACAAUAAAGCCAUUGUAUAGUUCUCCUAGGCCAGCUGGUGCCUUUGAAGGGCGAGGCAGGA